AAAAAAAGGGGGGGAGGGGAACGACUCACUCCGGCGCGUACGGAGUACGUUCCUGUCGCGUCUCGUUCGCGGCUUGAUUCGGUUCUCUCGGUUGCGUGGCCACUCGUCGUCGUCGCGCGCAACCGCCUAUCGCCUCGGCCGGGGAGAAUCGGGCGCAAAAGCGGGUCGGCCAUAGUCGUGACGGACGGAUUGUACCGCGUGCGCUCCUGCCGCGUUGCCGCGCGAACUCGUUUCACGUCGUUGAAACGGCCCGCGCGAUACGCGAGUUUGUGCACACGCACGCAUGCACACAUGUGCAAUGUGUGCGCGCGCGUCGUGGAUUCGUAUUUCGCGCGCGAUGCACACGAAUGCACGGUGCAACGACGGCGCGUACGUACGUGCGCGGCACCUGUAACCGGUGGCGUGUUUGUGUACAGUCGGGCGCGUUAACGUCGCACGUCAGGUGCGCCUCGCGCGCGAAACCGAUCGGAUUUUUUCGUCUACGUCGACGUUCGAAAGGCAUCACGCUUUUCUUUUCGUUCGCAGUACGCUGCUUCGUCGUCGAGAAACAAGAGGGAGAUUAAAACUCUCGACAACGUGUGAUGAAACAUUCUUACGUUAUGUCAUCGUGAAUUCGCCACGUGGCUCGGAGCAGCUCGAUAGCCGACAGGUAGGAGCUCGAGAACUCUGCGAACUUGCGUGUUACGAACGGGGGGAGUUAUUAAUGCGCCCGGUCGUACGUGGAACGUACGUGGAACAUAUGCGCGUAUAUUAAUCUAACACACAAUCGUCCCGCAUCGACGCGUAUAAGUACGUGCGAUCGCGCGCACGUAUACACGACGCGACGACGGGCAUUCGAACGGGCGCAGUGACGAGUGACGGCGACGGCGACGACCACGACCACGAUCACGACGACGACGACUACGCCAUGUGAUCGGGUCGCGCUGCGAGCGCGUUGUCGGUGUUGGUCGGUGUGUCCGGCAGCAGCAGCAGCAGCAGGCAUCAGCGGAGCAGAGCAAAGAGAGAAACGACAACGACGACGAACACGACGCUGCGCCAGGAUUGGCCGACGGGAACGCGUGUGCCGCUUACGGUCAUCCGUGUGUUUCGUGCUUCCGCCGCGAGCCGGAGGAGCGCGCGCGAGGCGGUGUGCGCAGCAGUGCGCUCUCCCCACCGCGCGCAGUGUGUAACCCCGCGCGGCGACCGCCAUCUUUGUCAAGUGGGUAACCUUUGUUGAUUUGUGUGAAAUGUGACGCCGUUGUCGCGAGAUAAUUGGUGAUCGUGAUUACGUAUCCCGUGUUACGGUACACCCGGUGGACCCGCGCCCGCGUCGUGCUCUGUGGAUUUAUCGAUGGAAUCGCCGCCGUAUACAGGGUCAGCGCAAUAGCCCGCGGUGAGAACGUGAGGAGGCGGUGAGGGCUUAGCAUCCAAGCCGGGAAAGCGAAGAGUCGCAGCAGAAUGUAAACGUCCGCUGUUGAUCGCGACGUUGCCUAUCGGCAGGAGGAAGGUGGAGGAAGGGAAGAAAGAAGCACUGGCCGUGACUUCGUCGCCAUCGUCGUCGUCGUCGCCGUCCGCGCCGUUCGCGCCGCCGACGGAGACGCGAUGGACGAGCCGGAAUCGCCCGAGACGUGGUCGGCCUGGAUUCUAGAUGCGAUAAAGAAGAUUCGCAGUCAGAAGCAGCGACCGAGCGUCGAGCGGAUAUGUCACGCGAUACGUCAGCAUCACAAUUUCCACGAGGAGGAGAUCGCCGAGCACUUGGAGGUCGCCGUAAAGCGCGGCGAUGUGCUCAAAAUCUUCAACAAGGGUCAGUCCUCGUACAAGGACCCGGGCGUUCUCCAGUCCAAGAAGCUCAGAGUCACCAAAUCGACGGACAUCAGCAAGAUCAUGGGCAAGGCUGUGCGCGAGCUCGGCGAGCGCGAAGGUUCGACCUUGAAGAGCAUCGAGAGGUACCUUAGGCAGAGCCACACCGUCGAAGAGGACAGCGAGGGCGAUCUUAAAAUCGCUCUCAAGCUCUCCGCCAAGCGUGCGGUCGAACGGGGACUAGUGCUCCAGGAUGGCAAGCUUUUCCGGCAAACGGACAGGCCGCCACAUUUCAAGAAGUUCAACGACGCCGCUCAUACAUCGCCCGCGGAACCGCCCGCGCCCAAGGCUCCAUUACCGAUAUGCAGAGAGUGUCUCGGUGCUACGAUGGCUGGUAACAACAAUAACAGCAAGCGGAAUGCCAACGAGAAGCUAAGCAGGUGCAGCGUUUGUGGCGCGGCACUUCAUAAUUCCUGCGCGCCGCCGGAACUCUCGAUACUCGUCGAUCGAGGUAUAACUUGGUCCUGCGACGACUGUUCACCAACCUGCGCUGGCUGCCAGCUGGAACGGGAGUCGCAAAAUUAUCUCGUCAAGUGCGCCGGCUGCGUCAAGUGUUACCAUCCCGCCUGCAUCGAUCCUGCCCUCGACAAGAAGAACAAGACGCCCUGGAAGUGUCGGCAUUGUCAAACAGCGCACACGCCGGUGAGUAAGGAGGACGGUAAGCGGGGCAAGGCGCAAGAUGCGAGUUCAACCGACGACACGCCGAGGAAGAGGCUCAGCAAGUUACGCGAAAAUCGAAAAUCGAUGGUAUCCAGAAAAAGCUUGACGAACGCGCAACCGGGCAAGAAGGGCAACGCGGGAGUGGCUCAGGUGGACAGCAGCUCGGACGGUAAUGCGGGUGUUGUCUCCCCUCGUCAACCACCUUUGAUUUCCUCUCCUUUACCACAACCUCCCACCCCACUCGCAGGCCAGGGUAGGCUGCUCGAGGAAAAGAACGACAGGAUCUCCAAGGAGAAGCAAAAGUUCUUUAGAUUGAGCGCGUUUAACGCUGAGCAUAGUAAAUUGAAGCGGGUGGGGGGCGGUGAUAAACCUAGGCCCUCGCGGAACAUUAACGUUAGGUCGACUCGGGGCAGUACCGCGAAUCCGAAGAAAAUCGAAACGUCGCGAGUAUCUAGUAGCAGUAGCAGCAGCAGCAGCAGCAGCAGCAGCGAGGCUGGUAAUAGUAGCGAAAGCUCGGAGGGCAGCGAUAGUAGCGAUGACGAUGAGGAGGGUAAUAGCUCGAGCGAGAGCAGCGGCUCCUCGUCGGACGAAGUCCAGGAUGGGAGAAUCGAUCCUUCCAAGACGAAGGCGCCAUUCGCUUGUGACCUCAACGAGGACAAGCCGUGGGGCUUCGCCGCAGCCGCCGCCAAGCUAAACGUAGAAUCGCCUUUCUUCAGCAAUAUUACAAACACUUUUGGCGCGCCUGUACCUAAACUCAGCGUGGGCGACGCGCCGACCUUUGGCUUGCACAUACAACAGCCAGCCACUGGUAAUCCAUCAGAUAGUAAAAAGAAAGACAAAUCCGAGCGCAACACCGCACAGACGGCUGGUCUCAUAAACGCGGAUAACAAGGUCAAGCCCGGAAGCGGUCAAUUGAGAAGCCUCUUCGACGGUUUGAGUCACUUUUUUUCAGCAUCUGCAAAUAGUAGAGCGAGAUCGGCCGGCGCACCGGCGCCGAAUUACGCGCCAGAUCGCAGGAAAAGGCCUAACACGGAGGAUGCUGCUAAAACGAACAAAGUUCCGAGAGGCACACAGAGAAACAAAUCGGACGACUCAUCUGGCACAAGCAAACUCAAAGAUCGAAAAAAGACUGAAGCUACUACUGAAAUAUCGAGAUUACCGAAACCCGGUAUCUUUGUACCUUCUGACGAGAGUAUAUUAAGCUCGCUUAAUGAGAAAUUACCGAGGAUGACACCUUCGGGUCUGGUGAAAACCGCAGUGAAUAGUAAGAGACACGAGCACGAGAGGCGAAAACUAAUGCGAGACGACGCGUCGUCGCUCAUAAAGUGCGCCACGGACCAGCCGUCAUCGCCGUCGAGACACGAGCAGCAGCAACAGCAAUCACGAAAGAAACAAACGCCUUCGGAUACGAGUACGCAGAUACGCCACCCUGCACCCGUUGCGAAAUCCUCAGGCCUCGGUUCCGAUCUCGUCAAGUCAAAUCCCAGUCCAAAGUCCAAUCCACGAGCCUGUACUAGCGCCACCACCACCAACACCACCACGACACCCCGCGCGACACCCUGCUCCACCAGGAAGGAGGAACCAAUUGUGCCGCAGACCUUACCGCCGGGAGUUACGCAGAAGGACGUGGAUCUCAUCAAGGAGGCUCGUGAGAGGGCUCGAUUGACUGUUAGCACCGACGAGAAUGACCAAUCAUUAUGCGUUAGCACGCCGAAUGCGUCUGGUAACGCACCACGAAACCCCGCCGCAAUAGUAUUCGGUCGGUACGAGGUGGAAACAUGGUAUUCCAGUCCGUUUCCUCAGGAAUACGCGCGAUUACCGAAGUUAUUCUUCUGCGAGUUUUGUCUCAAAUACACGAAAAGCCGGGCUGUGCUGGAUAGGCAUAUGGAUAAGUGUCAAUGGAGGCAUCCACCCGCCACUGAGAUCUAUAGGUGCGACGGAUUGUCUGUGUUUGAGAUCGAUGGUAAUGUAAACAAAAUAUACUGUCAAAAUCUGUGUUUGCUGGCGAAGUUAUUUUUGGAUCACAAGACUCUCUAUUACGACGUAGAACCGUUUCUCUUUUACGCCAUGACCAAAAAUGACAAAUACGGCUGUCAUUUGGUCGGUUACUUUAGCAAAGAGAAACACUGUCCGGCUCAGAGGUACAACGUGUCCUGCAUUAUGACCCUGCCGCAGUAUCAACGACAGGGUUUCGGCAGGUUUCUCAUAGAAUUCAGUUACCUGUUAUCCAAGGUCGAGGGCAUCCCGGGAACACCGGAGAAACCGCUUUCGGAUCUCGGUCGAGUGUCGUAUCAUUCCUUCUGGAAGAGCGUAGUGCUCGAGUACCUGGAUGCGCAUCGGAACAAUACUGACAUUAAACUGAGCGAUAUCACAAAGGAGACUGGUGUGUCAGCGCAUGAUAUCGCUACGGCAAUGCAGUUACUCGGAUUUAUAAGAUCGGUUCAUCUGCCAGGAGAUAUAAACACUAAUAAAGUGGCUGUGGUAGUCGAUUGGAGCAAGGUAGACGCUCACAUGGUGAAAGUACGAAAGAGUUCCCGCAUCAAACUGGAUCCCGACUGUCUCAGAUGGAUACCGUUGCUCACGCAAAUUCCUAAUCCGUAUCAGAAUUCGGAGGAGAGCGCCGACACCGGUUCGGAAAUGUCUCCUACAGUGGAACCUAAGCCCGUACCAGUUGUCGAGAAGAUGCAAAGAGUGAAGAUAAAGAAGAAGCCUCGGGGUAGAAGAGUAAGCCAAAGGAAAUCGAUACCCUUAAAAUCGACACCUUUAAAAUCGACACCUUUAAAAUCGACUUCUUUAAAAUCGACACUUCUAAAAUCGACACCUUUAAAAUCGACACCUUUAAAAUCGACAUCUUUGAAAUCGACACCUUUGAAAUCGACACCUUUGAAACCGAAGAUUUCGCAAAAGACUGCGGCGUCUCACAAAGACACGCCCAAAGAAGAGAAGGAUGUUAAAGAUGCGAAGGAAAUCAAGACGGCGAAGGAAUUAAGAGAGCCAAAAGAAUCCGUAAGGGAAAGUCGGAAUGUCGCGAGCACAGAGAAUCGAAAAGAUUCACGCGUGGAAACGGAAGCCAAGAGCGUAGCGUCUACAUCGAGAAAUGCGCGCGCCCUUAGCUCGGCAAGAAACGCAACUCCGACGACUCCGCCGAAAUCAACACAAAUAACGACGAUGUCGAGGAGAAGAAUAAGACCACCUAAGACACUUAUGUCUGAAUCAGUCAUCACGCCUUUGAGAAAACGAAAACAUUCCGAGAGGGUUGAGGCUGAGGAAGAGAAAAUGGAAGUCAGCAGUAGGAAGAGAACGCGAGAAUCUCUGAGGGAAAAAGAAAAGGAGAAAGAGCGAGAAACCGAACGAGAGCGCGAGAAGGAGGAGAGAGUGAAAGAGAGAGAUAGUAAAGCGAAAGACAGGGAAUCUCUGAAAGAAACUUCAGUGGAUACUAGAAAAACGCCUCCUAAAUUAGACUCUACGUCGAGUCCGCCUAAACCGGCGAAGAAGCAGUGCAAAGUAGACGACAUUUUGUUGAAAGUUACCAACAGACAAACCAAGUACAUGCAAGCGAAGGAGAAGAAAGCUCUGGAAGAGACGAUGCAAUGUAAUGGUAAAGAGGAAGUGCGAGACGUUAAGAACUCGCCACUGUCCAGGCGGGGUAGAAAUAAAGCGACGGUGGAAGCUCUGAAGAUGCCGCAACUCACGCCAGAAUCUCCCAGCGCGAAGAACAGAGCCGAAAGUCCUGUGAUACCGCCUCCUUCGUUGUCUCCACCGCCCGAGUCGAGUUCUCCCGUUCAAAAAGAGCAGCCGUCUGUGCCAGAGUCACCGUCCACGAAGCACAGUAACAGUGACAACAAGAGCGAAAGCGUAGAGGACAAUGGUUUGCCUGUUCCCACGGAAACGGAAGUGGUAUCCGCGAGUUCCGGCGAAUAUGAGGGCGGCGAUGAGGAUGAUGGAGAAGAGGAAGAAGUAGCUGCACCACCGACGCCUAAACUCGUGACGCAAUCGGCCUCGCCUAGCAUGGAGAACCCCGCGAAAGAACCGUGUGAGGACGAGAAAGUGGAUAACAAAGAUCAGGAAAAAGACAACGACGAGAUCUCGUUGCAGAAGACGGAAGCAGCGACGGAUUUAUCACCAGUGGUCGACGACGAUCAGACUGAAACUUUAAACGAAUGUGAUAAAGACUCCGAGAUUGACAAGCGUCCAGUUUGUAGUCCGGAGGCAUCGAAAUCAGUACCUGAACCAGUUGCUUCACCAAAAGAGGAGGAAGUCGAGAAGUCGGAGAACAGCGUUAUACCGAAGAAGGAUGACUGCGAGAGUCCUCCCAAAGAGGAGCUUGUUUGCGAACCGCCGAUGGAUGCAAAGAUUGAUUUGUCGCGACCGAAAACGGAACCUUUACUUGCGGAGAAGAAAGACACGUGCGUUCUCGUUAACGCGACGGUGAUGUCGGAAGCCGAGCCUCUCACACCGCGGGAGAAAACGUUGCCCACUGUGGAACAUCAGGAUACGACCUUGCAGUUACAGAAUCAAACGGAGGAACUGAAACAGCAUUCUCCUGAGAGUGGCAAGACCACGCCACAUCUUGAGAAUCCGGGCUCGGUGAAGAGAACACCGCCGUCGCAACCAGAUUUGCCGUCUAUGGGAGUCUACACCCCUGACUCGACAACUAACUCGGUACACUCGCUACAUUACAGCCAGUGCGAUCUGGAUGUGAGUCAGUUGGGCUUGGAGUCUCCUACUUCCAUAGCCAGUGAUCUUGGGCCGCAAAACAGCGUGGAGAGACCGCCCAGUGCUUUACCGUCUAUUCCACCGCCUACAAAUGUGCCGAUCUCGGUUUCCAUGCAGAUCGCGACGCCGGUUACGUCGUCGGUGCCAGUGAAUAUGCCGCAGCAGGUACAGUAUGCCGACUGCUCGAUGCCGCAGCAUACUCCGCCGGCCCAUCAUCCGAGCAUCCAUCCGAUGCAUCAGCCACACACUCCACAAUCUCUUCAGCAACCGCGUACUCCGCAGAGCAUCCCGACCCAAAGUCCACAGCCGCUUCCGCAGAGUCAUACACCGCAACCGUUGCCACAAUCUCACACACCACAGAGUAUACCUACGCAUAGUCCGCAACCGUUGCCGCAAAGUCAUACGCCGCAGCCGUUGCCCCAGUCGCACACGCCACAGCCGAUGCAGUUAUCAUUGGCACAGCAGGCGCAGAGUCAAAGUAUGGCGCACAAUCAAUCUCAACAGACACAGUCGCAGCAGCAACAACAACCUGCGCAUCAACAGCAGCCACAGCCUCAACAACAGUCGCAGCAAACUCAGCAAUCUCAAUCACAUAGCAAACGUGCCAGCGGCUCGCAGACCACGCAUAGAUCUAGGUCGACGCAACAGAGUAGCAGGUCGCAUCGAGCUACUCCGCCGACGUCCCACACUAGCCAAACCUCUCAACACAGCGUCGUGACGUCGCAGACCAGUCACAGUACCGUGACGCAUACGGCGCACGUUGCGGUGCCGCCGCAGUAUCAGCAAUCGCCGUCAUCGAUGAGCCUGCCACCAGCAGUGCCACAUCCGCACUCGCACACUCCGCAUGCCGCCCAUUCGCAUAACAUGGCGGUGAUCUCGCAGGGCAACUACAUGGCAGUGGCGGCUGGCUCGCAGAGCUUUCCCACGCAGAAUACUUACGUGAUCCAGCAUCGUAGCGGCCGCUCUGGCGCGCCGACGCCCUGCACCACCGCCACGAAUUUCUAUAUACAAACAAGCGCGAUGCCACCGCACUCGCAUACCCCGGCGCCGACUCCGCUUUCCGCCUCCGGUAGUCAUCAAACCACCAAUUCAUGCAGUCUGGCGAAGCUACAGCAAUUGACCAACGGUCUAGACAUGGUACCGCCUACGCCGCCACCGGCAAUGAACCUCACGCCGCCACCACCUAUCCCACACACUUUGACGCCACCACAGACAUCGCGGCAACUACCGACGCCACCUCAAGUUGGACCCUUGGGCUACGCGAAGAACUAUUACAACGUCAAUACUGUGCCUCCCGGUACACCCGGACCGCCUGGCCGAUCCACCUCGCGUUCGUCUGCGAACAACAUGCCGUCGCUCACACAGUCGUAUCCUAGCGAAAGUCUCUAUCGACAGACCCUCGACCCGAGCGGUACCUGUCCGCAGAUGCAGAGCGCCGCGAGCCGUGUCAGUCCAAAUGUUGCUCUCAACACGAAUCUCAUGGCAGCCGCUCAGUAUGGUUACCGCGUAGCGCAACCAGCGACCGGUUACAUGAAUCAAGCAGCACAGCUCGGCGGCUUUAUGAACCAGGCGAGCCAGUUACCGGUCGGUGUGGUGAACGUACCGACGCCAUAUCCGCAAGACCCGCAUCAGCAAAAUCCGGCGGCUGUCUACACUACGUACCACGGCUACAUCAACGGUGGUCUCAUGCAGCCUCUCAACAGCUCCAUGAGGCCGCGCUAGCCGUCGCUUACUCCAAUCGGAUCUCUCGACGCUUGGACGAACGAACGAACUUCUUCGUGUGACAAGUUAACGCUCUCUUCGAUACGAUCAUCGAUGGCGACUCAUCGUCGAUCUCCUACUAUGUGACCGAUACCGCGGGCACUUGUACUUCCUCGACCAUUCGCUGCCUUUACCAGCUCUGUCCGCGAACCAGACUUGUUCGAGUCUUCUUCUCAUCAUACUGAUCCAUUUGCGACAGCAAUCUUCCUUUCCGAUCCAGGUACUCCACGGAGCCUCCGAAGAUGAUUGUGCUCGCUGUGAGCAUAAACAGCAUACAUCGAGAGCCGUAAUAUGGACAGUGCGGCAGAUCGCGAGAGAACUCAGUGAUAUACGCUUGUAAAAGAAGCAGAAUCUACGUUCGGCAAUCCGUUCGUCAAGCACACAACUGUAUUUUUAAUUCUUUAUCUUGAUCCGGCAAAAUAUAUUCGCGAAUGGUUAGUGUAUUAGCGUGUGUUUUAUAUACGCCAGUACAUUUGAAAUCGCUACGUGAAUAUACAUGCUCAUUGGUGUUUUAACUGCACAUUUUAUUUCAGAACAGGAGGUGAAAGAUAAGGGAGGUUGAUUUAAUGAUUGACCCUUCCGUCUCUGUACUCACGCUCGUCGACAGCGGGACGUUCUUUUUUUCUUAAGGAAGGCUCGUAUUAAACUGAUUCUUAACUUGUCGACAAAGAUUGCACACAAGGUACAAUUUAAUCAUAGUUAUCGAUCGGUGAUUCUUCGGAGGCACGAGUUCGUAUACUUGUGCGUUUAAAAUAGAAGGAAAAGGAAGGAAAACAAGACGUUAUCUUGGAUGGAUUAAUUUCGGUCGACCAAGAUAGCGCGCUCCUUCAUCUCUAAUUCGAAGGAAGGAAAGAAAGAAAAGUGUGGAGGGUAAGGGGGAGGGGGGAGAGAAAAAGAAAAGAAAAUGCGGACACCUAUUUUUAGUAGGGCAUUCCUUCGCGAAACCGCAGCAGUGUUACGUUUUAUGUAUUUAUAUAUAUAAAUAUAUAUAAAUAUAUUUACGAAUAAUAUUCUGUUUGAUAUUAUCAAUUGUUGAACAUUGUUGUUUAAGUUGGCACACUUGUACUUUACUGUAUCAUAAAGAAGAAAAAGUAACUGUGCGUAACGCUAUGAUAAUCCUCAUUGUAUUAUUACGAAAACGAUUACUUGUCGCCGACAUCGUCUCACCAGUGUAAAAUUGUCAAUCUCGAUCGUCAGCGCCAUCGUUUAUAUGAUUUUUAUCCAUUGUUAUUAUUAUUAUCAUUAAUAAUCAUUAACUAUUGUGACAAACGAUGCAACACAAGAAAACAUAUACACUCACGUACACACACACGCGCACAUACAUACAUACACACACACACACAUCACACACAACGUAAUCCAUACGCUAUAUUUUAAUUGCCACAUACAUGAUGUCACACAUUCAUUCGGUAUUCAUUAUUGUAUGUUUUUAUUAUCUAAUAUCGCGAGAAGGUAGCUCUAGUUACGGAAAGAAUAACGGAGCGCGCAAUUAGGCUCUUCCACGAAGCGUCGCGAGACUCGUGCCGAAAUUAUUUUUUGUAUCGAAAUCGCGAGAGGAAGUAUGCGCGUAUGUCGAUUUUUCCUUUCGCGAAGUGAAGGAAGGAGAGGAGCAACGGUAGCGUAAACACACGUGUUGUCUACGUUACUCCGAAUACAUUACCCUGAACCGCGUAAUUUCCCUCCCUCGUUGUGGGCGACGCUUCGCGGAAUGGUCGUGACGACAAAAAAAAAAUAAUAUAUUUAUGGUACGAAACGUUACGAGUUUAAUUUUUUCAGACGAGAGAACGAAAAAAAAAACGAAAGAAAAUUGGCAGAUCGCCUAGCUUAGAGUAAUUGAAUGAUAAGAUAAUUAAUAAUGUAUAAAAAUACAUCAAUAUUUAUUGUACAUAGAUCUAAAAAAAGACUACUAACAAAUAAAAAAGAAAUCAAAAAUA